AUGAGUGUAUAUCUAAAUAUAUGUCAAUUAACUUUUUUACUUUGUAAUAAACUUCUUAAAAACCCGAAAAACACACUUUUUUUGCAGGUAAUCGUUGGCAAUGGAGGCGUAGGUAAAUCUUCAAUGAUCCAGCGCUACUGCAAAGGCAUCUUCACGAAGGACUAUAAGAAGACGAUUGGUGUUGAUUUCCUAGAGCGUCAGAUCGAGAUAGAUGGCGAGGACGUGCGCAUCAUGCUAUGGGACACAGCUGGGCAAGAGGAGUUCGAUUGCAUAACCAAGGCUUAUUACCGAGGUGCACAAGCCUCAGUACUGGUGUUUUCAACGACAGACCGCGCCUCAUUCGAUGCAAUCAAGGAAUGGAAACGUAAAGUGGAAAACGAAUGCAAUGAAAUUCCAACAGUGAUUGUCCAGAAUAAAAUCGAUCUGAUCGAGCAGGCAGUGGUGAGUGCAGAUGAAGUUGAAACGCUGGCCAAAAUGCUCAACUGUCGACUGAUACGCACUUCCGUCAAGGAGGACAUUAAUGUAGCCUCUGUGUUCCGCUACCUGGCCACAAAGUGCCACCAGCUAAUGACGCAGACCUACGACCAAGUAUCUGGCGGUAACAACAGCACUGAGCACGCGUCAACGCAUCCACCCUACAAUAAUGCGCCGACUAUCAGCGCAUUUAGCCCGACCUUCACUAAGUCAAAUAGUGGAACUAUUGUCCUUCGUCCUGCCAAAAAGAGCAGCGGCUCGAGUGCGGCACGAAAGCGAAAAAUUGUACUCAAGAAGUGUGGCAUAUUGUGAGGGGCAUGCAGAGAGAGCUUCUAUCUUUACAGCUGUUGGCAAUUAAUAACUAGAGCAUAUUUAACGCCUAAUUAUUUUAGUGCCUCCACAAAAUCAAGUUGUUACCAUGUGGCCAACCAUGCGUUUGAAGCACAGCCAUUCGCUAGACGUGCCCAGACUCCGAAACAAUCUCAGUAGUUGCAUGAUAUGUGCAGUGGAGCAGAAGCAAGAGUUGAGGAGGAGAAGAAUAACUGGAGGAGGGGAUGUAAACGAAAUAAUA